CGACGACGAUCGAUGGCAGGCGCCAAACAAAAGGGCAAGCAGAAUGAUAAGGGCAUGGCCAAGAAGAAGGCGGUGCAUGCGAAACCUGCCGCGAAGAAAGGGCAGCCGUUCGCUUCCCUGAGCAAGCACAAACAGCAGCCGCACCAGCAGCAAAAGAGGCGAUCGAACGGAGCGUCCAACAAGAAGCAGCUGACAAAGGAACAAGAGGCCAUGCGACAGCAGCGCCUGGUGCAACAGCGCAGCUUUGAAGAGCGCAUGCGGUCUCAGAAGAACCCUCCCCAGCCCAAACCCAUGCCUUCCUUUGUCCUGGCUCCACCGACAUUUACACUGCCGUCGUCGUCGAAUGGCCUGAAUACUCGUGCACAGCCAUCCGCGUUCGUGGCACUUAUGGAUCCAUUGCUGACUACAAGUGCUCCUGCAGCGCCCUCUGGGCCUCGCAUUCAACCCACGAUUUCUCGCCCUGCCAAUGUCUUCGCCGUGCUCGAAGAUCACGAUGACACCAAUGCCGCCACAGUCGAGUCGGUCAACCCAUUCGCCAUGCGACCCCCGACGUUUCAAAUCCCUGGACCUCCUACCUUUCACAUGGCACGGCCGUCGUUCCAGCUGCCCGACGACGAUGAUGACGACCUAUGAGCACGGGUUGGGCAAAAUAAAUUUGUGUCUUACCAAUU